AUGGACAAUGAUAUAGGUGGUGGGGAGAGGAAUGGAAUAGAGGGAAUUGUAGUUGGGAUAGGGAUAGUGGGGAUUGAGGGCAUGCUUGGAAGUGGAGGCAAGGUGACUUUGGGGAGACCAGGCAUUGUUGGCAGGCUAGGAAGUGGAGGCUGUGUGGUUGGCAAAGUUGGCAAUGUAGGCUGUGGCAGUGUUGGUAUAGAAGGCAUUGGUGGCAAUGUUGGUUUAGGCAAAUUCGGCACAGAAGGUAAAGGGGGAAACUGCAGAAGAUGA